AUGGCCUCUACCCACAACCUUACACCCACAGUCAUCCACCUGACCUCUACCCUAAACCUUACACCCACAGUCAUCCACCUGGACUCUACCCACAAACUUACACCCACAGUCAUCCACUUGGCUUCUACCCACAACCUUACACCCACAGUCAUGCACCAAGUCCUCUACCCACAACCUUGCACCCACAGUCAUCCACCAGUCAUCCACCUGGCCUCCACCCUAAACCUUACAUCCACAGUCAUCCACCUGACCUCUACCCUAAACCUUACACCCACAGUCAUCCACUUGGCCUCUACCUAUAACCUUACACCCACAGUCAUCCACUUAGCCUCUAUCCACAACCAUGCACCCACAGUCAUCCAUUUGUAUCCCACCUGGCCUCUACCCACAACUUACAACCACAGUCAUCCACUGGCCUCUACAUGCCAACUUUACACCCCACAAUCAUCCCACCUGGCCCUUCACCUAAACACCCCCACAGUCAUCCACCGGGCCUACCCGCAAUCUACACCCAACAACAUCCACCAGGCCUUCUACCCUAACCUACACUCACAGUCAUCCCACCUGGCCUCUCAAACCUUACACCCACAAUCAUCCACCAGGCCUCUACUAAACCUUACACUCACAGCCAUCCACCUGGGUAAUUACCACAAACUUUACAACCCACAGUCAUCCCACCCUGGCCUCUACCCUAAAACCUUUACCCCCACAGUCAUUCCACCUGGCCUCUACCCACAACCUUUACAACCACAAGUCAUUCCACUUGGCCCUCUACAUUGCAACCUUUACACCCCACAAUCAUCCACCUGGCCUCUACCUAAACCUUACAACCCCAGUUCAUCCACCUGGGCCUCUACCCGGCAACCUUACAACCCACAAAUCAUCCCACCAGGCCCUCCACUUAACCUUACACUCCCACAAUCAUCCACCUUGGCCUCUACCCUAAACCUUACAUCCCACAGUAUCCACCUGGUUCCUACCCAAACCUUACACCCACAAUCAUCCACUUGCCUCUACCCUUUAACCUACACCCACAGUUAUCCACCUGGCCUCUCCACCGCAACCAUUACACACCACAGUUCCAUUCCACUACUACCCACAACCUUGCACCCACAAUUCAUCCACCUGUCCUCUACCCUAAACCUUACACCCACAGUCAUCCACCCACACCAUCCACAACCUUACACCCAUAGUCAUCCACUUGGUCUCUACCCUAUACCUCCCACACACAGUCAUCCACCUGGCCACUACCCUAAACAUUACACCCAUAGUCAUCCACUUGGCCUCUACCCUCAACCUUACACCAACAGUCAUCCGCCUGGCCUCUACCCUAAACCUUACACCCACAGUCAUCCACUUGGAUUUACCCGCAACCUUACACCCACAGUCAUCCACUUGGCCUGUACCCUCAACCUUACACCCACAGUCAUCCACCUGACCUCUACCCUAAACCUUACACCUACAGUCAUCCACCUGGCCUCUACCCUAAACCUUACACCCACAGUCACCCACUUGGCCUUUACCUGCAACCUUACACCUAUAGUCAUCCACUUGGCCUCUACCCUAAACCUUACACCCACAGUCAUCCACUUGGCUUCUACUCUACCCGCAACUUUAUACCCACAGUCAGUCAUCCAAUUGGCCUGUACCCUCAACCUUACACCCAUCAGCCCAAACCUACACCCACGUCAUCCACCUGGCCUCUACCCUAAACUUUACACCCACAGUCAUCCACUUGGCCUAAACCUACACACGUCAUUCCACCUUGGCCUUUACCCCGCAACCUUAUACCUACCUUCAUCCACUGGCCUCUACCCUAAACCUUACACCCACAGUCAUCCACUUGGCCUUUACCCGCAACCUUACACCUACAGUCAUCCACCUGGCCUCUACCCUAAACCUUACACCCACAGUCAUCCACUUGGCCUUUACCCGCAACAUUACACAAACAGUGAUCCACCUGGCCUCUACCCUAAACUUUACACCCACAGUCAUCCACCUGUCCUCUAUCCUCAACCUUUCACCCACAGUCAUCCACCUGGCCUCUACCCUAAACAUUACACCCACAGUCAUCCACUUGGCCUCUCCACAACCAUACACCCACGGCCAUCCACUUGGCCUCUACUCGCAACCUUUCACCCACAGUCAUCCACCUGGCCUCUACCCUAA